ACACAUGGAGAUAGAAGUUAGAACUGAGAACAAGGUUAUAUCAUAACCUUGUUCAUUGAAUGAGUACAUGAAUGAGUGCCUAGUUCAUUGAAUGAGUGGUAGUACGUACGAAUGAACCAUUCAUUCAAUGGAUCAAUGAGAAGUUUAUGAUAUAACCUUGUUCUCUAUCUCUGUUUUCAUUCCCUGUGUGGUGAAAUAAGCCUAUAUACAUGUUAUAAUAUUAAUUAAUAAGGUUGUAAUGUUUGGCUUAUUUUCUUCUCUGUCUUGUUCUUGCCUUGGAUCCAAAUGCUUGAUUUUUUGACAUUGUCAGUUUCCAUUGAAACUAUUCAUCAUAGUUCACACAGUCAUAUAACUAGGUUCUUCAAAUAAAUUGGCCUUGUCGUGAAAUUAGUCACCUUUCUCCUCGUACAUGUAUGUCAUGUGUGUGUCGGUGUCUGUGCACUCGUUGUGUAUAAAGUCAAUGGAAAAGGAAAGAAGUCACCAGCGCUGACGAAAUAAACGGCAGUGAAUGGACAAGAGAUCUCGGGCAAGUUCUACGAUAAUCAACAAUGUCUCAGCUAAGGUUGUGUCCAGUAUAAAAUAUGGAUUACUUAUUUUCUUCAGUUCUAUUGCAUUCCAUAUAAUUGCAGUUCUGUAUGGUGCACCAUUUACAGAAACUGUGACAGAAACAGCCACGUUUGGUGUUUUGCUGACAACGAUAGUAACCAUUCCAACUCUGUGUGUAUUGGGUACCAAUGCCGAGUGUUACAGCAGGCUCAUAGGUAGCAGAAGGCCACAUGCUGGUGUUGAGACGUGUUUAGCAUACAUUGUAUUCUUCAGUCUACUUGGUGCGUGGCUUGGUGCUUUUCCUAUACCUCUUGAUUGGGAUAGACCAUGGCAGAAAUGGCCUGUCUCUUGCUGUAUCGGGGCUCUGUCUGGACAUACACUUGGUCUUGUAGCAUCUGUCAUUCACAGCACACGAGGAUUAGAAGAAUCAGAAACAUUCUUCAGUAGGGGCAAAAGCAAGAACUUUUGAUUUAGAUUCAGAUAAAUCAUUCUGAUCGAAUCUUCAUGAUGAUAAUGUGUUAGAGUUAGACAAGUGACGGAAAACCUUUCCCUGAGUGUUGAAGAUGUGAUAUUACAACCUAAAUACAAAGACGUAAAAAUAAAAUAGUGGUUUCCAUGGUUUAUGGCCACUGAUAGUGGCCUCAAAGUUGCAAUGUGGGAUUUCAGUUUUAGCUCAUGAGCAAUUAUUUUGAUCAGAACAGUCAUAAUUGAUUUUUUUUUUAUAAUUUCAUGAAAGAGUAUUUUUUCAAUCAAUGACUAAACCUUUGGAAUGCACAAAUUGAUUUGGAGGUUCUAUUUAGUGUAGCAUUUUUAGAGCUAAUACUCAAUUACUCAUGAAAUCUAAAAAGUUGGACAAUAAUAUUUUUUCUGUAACUUCUGAAGGUUUCCAUGGCAAAGAAUAAUAGUGUAGUAGGUUUCACGGUACAUCAUGUUUCUUUCUUGGGCAAGUGUUGGUCCUGAAAAGGACCAUCCAAACCUGACGUUUGACAAGUGUUUUCUACAACGGUUGCAUUAACAUCCAUUUCAAAUCACCUUUUCAGUGAUUUACAUGAUUGUUUAAACAACAUUUUUUAGUAACAUUUCUCAAGUAAAUUUCAUUGAAAAGGGAUUGCAAAUAUGUUUACUAACUCAUGUAGGAUUAUGACAUCAUUGGCAUCUGGAUUCACUCAUUGCAGUCAUGCCUUAUUUUGGUGCAAGUCAAAAUUUACAUCACUGCAAAUAAGACCUACUGAUUAUCCAAGUGUGAAGACAUACUACAUAAAUAUGGUAUCAAUUCAUUUGGGAGUAGAUACUCUUUCCAGUCAUAUAUGUUAUGCGUUCAUGACAUAUUUUCUCCUUGAAAUGGGGAUUCGUGAGGUGUCAAUUUUUUGUUACAAAUACGGUAUAUGUAUAUGUAUAUAUAUAUAUGUAUAUGACCUCCCCCCUAAAAAAAAGAAUAAAAAAUGAACUUUAAUACAUCGCAAAAAAAAUCCUUUCUUUUGGUUUGUAUUUUGUUUUAGUUGAUUUUUAUUUUUUGUUUCUUGGUCCUGGAUUUUUUUUUUGGGGGGGGGAGGGGAAACACUGUAUGCUAGUGCAGGUCACAUAACAGAAAAGAAAAUCUUUAUAUUUGCUUGAGCUUGAAAACUAGGGGUUAACAGAUUCUAAGAUAUUUAAAAUAUGGUCAGAAAGUGUGAAUAAAGUCUGUAUUUCUUGUC